AUUAGACAGGUAGAUAGGAUUUUCAAUUAGCAUAUCAAUUCUUAUUGUAUUUUUUUUUUCAUUUACGUUGAUACCGCCAAAAUUGCUGGUAGUAAAUUUCACAUUAUAGUUACCUGCUAUUUUUAUUUGAUAUAUGCUAAACCAAAUACCUGUUAAAACAUAAUCAAAAAUUAAGUAUGGAAAUAUUCAUUAUUUUUAUGUUGCUUUUUGGUUUUGUAUUUGGAGCGGAUGAGGUGAUAGAAUUAGAUCAAGGUGAAUUGACUGGUAGUAGUUUGAGAUCAAGAAAUGGACGAGAAUUCAAAGCUUUUCAGGGAAUACCUUAUGCUAAAUCACCUACAGGAGAUCUUAGGUUUAAGGAUCCAGUACCAGCAGAUCCGUGGAUAGGCAUUUUAAAUGCUACUACUGAGCCACAAGCGUGUAUUCAGAAGAAUUUAUUUCAUUAUCAGAAAAUGGAUAUCCUUGUCGSUGCAGAAGACUGUCUAUAUGUCAAUGUGUACACUCCAAAAAUACCAAAAAACAAUGAAUCAGAAUUACUUCCAGUUAUGAUUCGAAUUCCCGGUGGAGGAUAUUUCGCAGGUUCAGGAGGUUUAAGUUCAAAUGGUCCUCAUUAUUUGUUGGAUAAGGAUAUUGUAAUAGUUACAUUUAAUUAUAGACUUGGAAUUCUCGGUUUUUUAAGUACUGAAAACGAUGAUUUACCAGGUAAUUAUGGUAUGAAAGAUCAAGUUUUAGCACUAAAAUGGGUCCAACAAAAUAUUGAUAAAUUUGGCGGAGACCCAAAAAAAGUUACUUUAUUUGGACAAAGUGCUGGUAGUGCUAGUGUUGGUUUACAUUUGUUAUCACCAAUGAGUAAAGGGUUGUUUCACAAAGCAAUCAUGGAAAGUGCAACACCGUUAAAUCUUUGGGGCGUAACUCCACCAGGUUGGGCAAAACGAAGAGCUUCUGCUAUUUCAACUAUAGUUGGAUGCCCUGAAGAGCCAAAACAAAUGAUUAAAUGUUUAAAAGAAGUCCCUGCAAAAGUAUUGGUGAAUGUAUAUAAGAAUUUAUUCGAAUGGAGAAAUUACCCGCUUAGAAAUAUGAUGCCUGUUGUUGAAAAAUGUAAUUGUUCAAAAGAAUCAUUUUUGUGCGAUUAUCCUUUACUUCACUUAAAACAAAUUACAAAAGUUCCAGUAUUAAUGGGAAUGAACACCGGAGAAGGUGGUAUUUAUGCAUCUCGGAUGUACAAUGCGACUGAUCUAGUAUACACAGAGUUUUUAGAAGAUUUCAAUCAUUAUACGUCAUCGUUUAUACAGUAUAGAUAUACUGCAAAUUAUUCAGAUAUUCCAUUAAUUGGUGAAAAAAUUUAUAAACGGUACUUCUCUAACGGGAAGUUAGAUCAGCCUUUGAGUGCUGUAAAAUUGUUGAUACAAAGUUUUAUUAAAUAUAUUCAUUUUAAACGCUUCAAGAUGAUUACCGGUGGUCUAUUUUUACACGGUAUCUUUCAAAUGGCCAUCAAGCUAUCACAACCAGUUUAUUAUUACGUGUAUAAUUAUACAAAUAUGUUUUCUUACAAUUCAUUGUACGGACCAUAUCCAUAUCCAAAAAAAUUAGGAGUAACGCACACUGAUGAGGUAACAAGCUUAUUUUAUACAGCCGGUCGGUCAGACUUACAGGGAGAGGAUCUUGAUGUGUCAAAUCUUAUGGUGAGCAUAUGGACCAAUUUUGCUACAACAGAUUAUCUCACCAUCGAUGGCACAGAUGAAGAAAAACUAUUCCCAAAAUUCACUACCGAGAAAUACGAAUUUGUUUUAAUUAAUUCAAGUAAGCCAAUUAUAUCUGAGAAACCCUACUUUGACGAGUAUUCCUUUUGGAAUAGCUUGCCACUAUUAUCUGGAGUGCAAGAUUAGCUUUAAAUAACACAUUUGUAUUACAUGUAGUAUAUUUAAUAGCUAAAUGGUGGACAUGUUAAUGAAAAAAAAUAACCUUAGUCAAUGAUAAGACAACGUUUAGAACAUUAUGUUAUAACUUAUAACUUUAUAAGUUAAAAGUUACCAAAUAAUAUAUUAUGCAUUAUUUAAAUAUGAAAAUUCGACAUCAAUAUGUAAUACAUUUGAGAAAACAGUUGAUUGCUUUUUAGUCACAAGUCAGUGAUUUCAGUGCAACUUUGGAAGUUGCACCUUUUUAAUUUUUAAUUUUUAUUAUCAAGUGUUUCUGACAUACAAUAUCAUCAAACUUAUUGAUAAAA